AUGUCUCCAGAAAAAACUCCAGUAGUUGCCGACACCCAGGUGGCAGAAACUAAGAAGAUGAACCGGGAAUUGGGUUAUUUUUACCUGUUCGUAGCCAGUGUUGUAGCAUGUUCCUGGAUAUUUGGAGCCCUGGGUCUUUCUUUCAUAUGGACCCUUGGCCUUAUCGCUAUACUUUUCAGUAUAUGGAGAACUAAACUGUUCAACCUUAUACGGAGGAUUUUAGAUUUGGAGCAACUCUCCAUUCACAGAAAACGUGCUCUACGACAAAAUGAAACCACUGAAUGGUUAAACUUUCUUUUCAAUCGAUGGUGGGUAUUCAGUUCAUCAUCUAUCCAGGAUCUUAUAAAGAGAAGACUUGAUGAACGUAUGCUAAACAUAAAACCUAAUUUUCUCAAACAAAUUGAACUCUCAACAUUUACACUAGGGACCAAUACACCAAGCAUUCGACAUGUCCGGGUCUUUGAGUAUGCAGAAGGAAUUCCCAGGGGUUCUAAAACUCUUGCAUGGCUGGAUGUCACGAAACCACCUCCAGGUUUGGAGAAUAAAUCUGAAUUCAAAGUUGUCGUGGAAGUUGAUGUUGACAUGCUCUGUGAGGACUUUCGGAUGGUUUUCAAAAUUCUUGUUGGAGGGAAAAACAUAGGUUUUAAUGUUGCCGUUGAAGAACUGACCAUUAAAGGAACUAUGCAAAUAAUUCUGGACAUGUCAAUGGAUGUUCCUUUCCCUCAUUUUUCCAAAGCCACUACUUUUUUUACAGAAAGCCCAGAAGUCUGGUUCAAUGUUUGUGUUCUUGGGGGAUUCCAGAUUAUGGAGGUUCCUCUUUUGAAAACUUGGAUUCACACACAUGUUCUGGAAGGAAUCACAAAAGCACUUGUUGAUCCUGCAAGACUGGACAUGAGUUUAUCUUCUGCUGGACCAAUUCGAAGUCGUCCUUCCCUAGCCAAAGAACACAUUGCCCAAGGUGUACUAACGGUCAAUGUAAAAGGCUAUGGAAAGCCUAACAAUGAUGAUGGUCUUGAAGAUGUUGUCUACACUGUGAUACGUUUGGGUGAUUGUAAGCGACAAUGUCCAGAAGUUUAUGACACACAAAACUGGGAAGAUAUCUGUUCUUUUCUUGUUUAUGACUUGGCCAAUGAUAAACUGCUGGUGAAAUACAAGUGUAAGCGUCUACUGACCAGUGUGACUCUGGAGCAACAAGAAUUACUUUUGUCUCAGUACCCAUUCCAAGUAAAAGGAGAAGUGGAUAUCUCUCUUGACUUGAAAAAUGGAGGCAAACUUUAUCUGUCUCUCCAGUACACUCCAUUGCCACCAGUCAAACUUGACAUCAGUUCCAAGGAAGAACAACAAACAGGAAAAGAUGUAGUAUCUGGAGUUUUAUAUGUACAUAUUCAUGGCGCAACCAACUUACUGGCCAGUGAUAAGAAUGGCUCAUCUGAUCCCUACUGUGUAGUUUUCUCUGAGAGGAAAAGAAUUGUAACAACACCUUAUGUAUCGCGAUCUCUAAAUCCCAAAUGGGAAACACAUGCUGAAUUCUUUGUUAAAGACUACACCAAGACCAAAUUAAGCUUUUAUGUAUUUGAUUGGGAUGGAAGGAAUGUUAUUGAUGAUGACUUUCUGGGCUGUGCAUUUUUAGAUGUCUGUCAAAAAGAAUCUAUGUUUAUCCGGAAAGCGCUCCCCUUGGGCCAUGAUAAACCUACUGCUGGGCAUACUCCUGACAAAACAUUAGGACAUGUCAUUGUCUCUGUGAUAUUUCGUUCUGUGCUGUCAGUGGCAAAAUCAGAAAAAUUCCAGCAGUUCCAGUCUGGGUUAAAGAAUGGUUUAUAUGUUGAAGACAGGGUUUCACCUCAAUCUGUUGCACAAACCACCAAUUCACGACAGUCUACAGCUUUUAUUGAAAAAUAUUUAGAAGGGAAGACUUUUGUAGACUUCAAAAUUAUACAAGCAAAGAACUUGGAUGCAAAAGACCGGAAUGGUUUCAGUGAUCCAUUUUGUGAGUUGUUGUUAGGAAAGAAGAAAGUAUUCAAGACAACAGUUAAGAAGAAGACCCUGUUUCCCAUUUGGAAUGAAAGUGUCACUCUAGAACUUCCUGAUGAUAGCAAUGCAACUGUGGAACUUAUUGUAUCUGACAAGGACCUUAUUUACAAUGAUUUCCUUGGGAAUUUACAGUUAACGAUGGGGAAGAUGAAAGAGAUGUCAAUGAAUGGACAUUCAGAGUGGUUUCCCUUGUCAAAAUGUAAAUCUGGUUCAAUCCAACUACAGUGCACUGUGACAUCCAAAGACACUGUGCAAUCUAAAGAGAAAAACAAUCAUCCCCAAUUUCAUAAUGAAGAAAUUAACAACGAGGCCUUAAAGACAAAAUAUACAAAAUCACCAGCACAGUCCUCAUUUGAAGAGUCCGUAAGAAGCAGUCCAUCUGACAUGCAUCUACCCUCACCAGGAAGGUCUGUGAGCAAGUCUAAAUCUCCACUGAAUGGAAAAUCUAUCCUAACCCGUUCAAUUUCAGAUGCUAACGUAAAGAAAUCAAGUUUCCGACGCAGUAUCAGCAGGUCCAUACUUGGCUCCUCUGUUGUCACACGUAAUGGGCAUGGAGAUAAUCUCCAUAAAACUGUCUCAAUUAAUUCUCUUGGUCCUGCAUAUUUUCAUAAUGAAGAUGGCAGUUCACUUGAAGAUAAUACCACAGAAGAUGGCAGCAUUUUAUCUGCAGAUAAAUACUACGGUGUUACUGGUCGUGUAAUCCAAGGACGCCAUCUCAUGUUGUUGGAUGGAGAAGUUUAUUGCAAGGUCAGAUUGCAAAUUCAUCAUUCAAGUAAUCGAACCAAAUUACGAUCAGCUGGACGAAUUCUUGCCCGAUCUGCUACAGUUAAGGCUCAAUUAGAGCCGAUCUUUGAUCUGUCUUUUGAGGUUGACCGUGGAGCUGGAGUGUCUGCUGAGACAUUACUCAUCUUUGACAUUAAGAAAGGAACAAAGGAACACCUUGCCACUAAAAGUUUUUCUCUACGGGAAUUAAUUGGAGAUAACGACACAGGGAAUGUACGGAAAUGGUUGACCCUGAACAACAACAUUGAACUAGAAGUAGAACUCUCACAUGGGAAGACAGACAUUAAUCAUCACAAAAAACAUGGCAUAUUUCGAAACUUCUCAUUUCGUAAGGACAAACAGCAUUAA